AUGUCUGGUCUAAAAAUCCUCAUCUGCGGUGGUGGCUGUGCUGGUCCGGCUUUGGCCUACUGGCUCGCUCAAAGUGGCCAUCGGGUUGUCGUUGUCGAGCGCUUCAAAACUCUCAGGGCCACAGGUGCUCAGCUUGAUGUCUCUUCUCAAGGCUUGGAGACCAUCGAGCGCAUGGGACUACUGGAUAAUAUUCGGAGCAAACGUGUCAACGAAUUAGGCACAUCGUUCGUGGACUCGCAUGGCAACGUUAAGGCGACGUUCAUGGCCAAUAAGUCCGGCAAAGGCACCCAAUCGGUCACCUGCGAGUACGAAAUAAUGCGUGGCGACCUAGUACAGAUUCUCUAUGAUACGACCAAGGACUCUGUUGAAUACGUGUUUGGCAAAACCGUUGAGAGCUUUGAGCAAAAUGAAGAGCGGGUGGUUGUGUAUUUCUCGGACAACUCGUCUGACACAUUUGAUAUUGUGGUCGGAGCUGACGGCCAAGGAUCUCGCAUCCGGGGGAUGAUUCUUCCCGCCGGUUCUCCUAAUCCCUACCGAGAGCUAGGUGUAUACGUAGCCUACUGGGUUAUUCCACGUACGGAGGAAGAUGGCAACCUUUGUACGUUCUACACCAGCUCUGGCGGCAGGAUGAUAAUGCGUCGAAGCCACAGCCCAACUGAGACGCAGGUCUACUUAACACUUCGAGACGAUUCCAAAGAAUUGCAGAAUAUGCCUCGCGCCUCGGUUGAGAAACAGAAAGAAUUUUGGACUGAAAGAUUCCGUGAUGCUGGAUGGGAGACGGCCCGGUUUCUUCAAGGCCUGAAGACCGCAGAGAACUUUUACUGUCAGCAUGUUGUUCAGGUCCGCACGGAUACGUGGUAUAAGGGCCGUGUGGUGCUAGUGGGUGACGCCGCAUACUGCCCCUCUCCUUUCAGUGGCAUGGGAACCACGGGCAGCUUCGUUGGCGCAUAUGUCUUGGCUGGAGAGAUUAAUAGAAGCCCCAGUGAUCUUAAUUCGGCGUUUGCGAACUACAACAAGACAUUGCGACCAUUUGUGAACGAGAUCCAAAAGGUUAGCCAAUUCUUUGUGCGAUUUGGUCUUCCUGAAACGCAAUUUGGAGCAUCAUUCAAUCUUUUCUUAGCGCAAAUGGUCUCUGUUUUCCGUAUUCCCGAUUUCAUUGCUAAAUAUACAACUGAAGAAAACAGUGGUUGGAAAUUACCAGAUUAUUGA